AUGUCUACUCGUGCAAAACCGGGAAGGGAAGGGAAGAAGGGGUGGGGUAAGGGUGGGGGUUGUUACCAAAGAGAUACGUACAUGUAUGUAGGUAUUCCUAUUCGUGCGCAGUGGCCCGCGACUGACGUGCAACCCGUCACAUUCAUAGAAAUAAACUUUUCAAAAGAUAUCUAUCCGUAUCAACGGGGUGAUGCUAGCUUUCGAGUUAAUUCCAUGCACUUCGGCUUAGGAUCUUUUAGACCUCCGCAACUGAUUUCCGACAGACAAAAUCGAGGAGGUAUUAUAUUACCUACAUACACAUACUCUACAUCUAUUAAAUUCACAAAACCCUACUUCUCUGACUUACUUCACACAGUAUCAUCAGAAUGUGAUUUGGACUCAUCGACUUUGCUCAUCCAUGAUUUCGGAGAUCCGAAAUCACACAUAUGCGCACUGCAACCGGGCACAUAUUUUAAUGCAGAAACGGAUUCAGAUGUGAGAAUAAAUAUGCAUAUGAAUUUAUUACUAGAACUUCUUUGA